AUCAUCUCCUGAGGAAGAGAAGAAGGCAGCAGUCAUUUCCCUCCUCCGUGGCACACCCCAGCCAACGGCCCUUCAGCUCAUUCAAAGGGAAGCACGUCAGUCCUGUCACUGCUCACGUGGACAAAAGUCAAGCUGCCGUUCCCUCAGAACUGCUGCGUUUGGUGCAGAAAUGGGCACGUGUGCUAUUCUAGAAAAAGAACUAUGUACUUUGCAAGAGGGAGUUGAAGAUGGCAUUUAUGUCCCAAUAGAAGUUAAUGUCCACACUCAAGCAGGAGAAGCACUGACCUGUCGAAGCUACCAGAUGCGUGAUUGUGUCUGUGGUCCCCCUUCUCCCCAGUAUAAAAAGGUUAUCUGCAUGGGUGCAAAACAGAAUGGCUUACCAAGAGAAUAUCAGAAGAAAUUAGAAGCUAUGGAAACUAAUAACUAUGCAGGACCAGUGCCAAUCUUAGAAGAAAUUGAAGCUGCUACUAAAGCAAAGAAAAUACACUCUGCAUAGAAUA